GUGAGCCUGAGGACUCAAUCAUUGGGAGUUCACAAAGUUCCCCGAUCACACCUUGAUGGUGACAUUGAACGGUGACACGCACGGAGGAGUCACGGAGGUGGAUCUAGGAAGUGAUCGGAGUCCGGUGCAGACUGUUUGGACUCAGCUCGGGGAUGUUCCAUUGCAUUCCCCUGUGGCGGUGUAACCGUCAUGUGGAGUCCGUGGAUAAGAGGCAUUGCUCACUACUGUCUGUCCCGGAGGAGAUCUACAGGUAUAGCCGGAGUCUGGAGGAACUUCUACUGGAUGCCAACCAGCUGAGAGAGCUGCCCAAGCAAUUUUUUCAGCUUGUGAAGUUAAGAAAACUCGGCCUUAGUGACAAUGAAAUUCAACGACUUCCUCCAGAAAUAGCAAAUUUCAUGCAGCUGGUAGAACUAGACGUAUCACGGAAUGAUAUUCCAGAGAUACCAGAAAGCAUCGCAUUUUGUAAAGCACUCCAAGUGGCUGAUUUCAGCGGAAAUCCACUCACAAGGUUGCCUGAAAGUUUUCCAGACCUGGAAAGCCUGACAUGUCUAUCUAUUAAUGAUAUCUCGCUGCAGGCACUUCCAGAAAACAUUGGGAAACUAACAAACCUGGUUUCAUUAGAGCUGAGAGAAAAUUUACUGACCUAUUUACCAGAGUCUCUUUCCCAGCUUCACAGACUUGAAGAGCUUGAUUUAGGAAACAAUGAAAUCUAUAACUUGCCAGAAUCCAUUGGAUCACUACACAAACUGAAGGACCUCUGGCUGGAUGGGAACCAACUGGCAGAAUUGCCUCCGGAAAUAGGAAACCUGAAAAACUUGCUUUGUUUGGAUGUGUCAGAAAACAAGCUGGAAAGACUUCCAGAGGAGAUCAGCGGUUUGACUUCAUUAACAGACCUGCUUGUGUCACAGAACCUAAUUGAGGUUUUACCUGAUGGCACUGGAAAACUUAAAAAGUUAUCAAUACUUAAAGUGGACCAGAAUCACCUCAUGCAGCUGACUGAAAGCAUUGGAGAAUGUGAAAGCCUCACUGAACUGGUGCUGACGGAGAACCAACUAUUGGUUCUGCCAAAAAGCAUUGGGAAAUUGAAGAAGCUGAACAAUUUGAAUGUUGAUAGGAAUAAAUUAAUGUCUUUGGUAAAAGAGAUUGGCGGUUGUUGCAGUCUUAAUGUAUUCUGUAUGCGUGAAAACCGACUGACACGUAUUCCUCCAGAAAUUGCACAAGCUACUGAACUCCAUGUUUUAGAUGUUGCUGGGAACAGAUUAUCCCAUUUACCUUUGACAUUGACCUCACUGAAAUUGAAGGCUUUAUGGUUAUCAGAUAACCAGUCCCAGCCUCUGCUAACUUUCCAGACGGAUUUUGAUCCCGACACUGGUGAAAAAGUUUUGACAUGUGUACUACUACCACAGAUGCCUUCUGAAUCUAAUGGCCAAGACCUAUUACCUCGGUGUGGGGCUCUUGAAAGUUUGGUGAAUGAUAUGUCCGAUGAAACCUGGAAUGAACGAGCAAUGAAUAGAAUAAGUGCCAUACGAUUUUUAGAUGAUGAGAAAGAAGAUGAGGAAGAUGAAACGAAAACACUGUUAAGACGGGCUACGCCGCAUCCUGGAGAGUUGAAGUCAAUGAAAAAGACUGUGGAGAACUUGCGUACCACUUUGAAUGCUGCUAAAGGACUGGACUCUAACAAAAAUGAGGUCAAUAACUCCAUUGACAGAUUGACCACGUCUGUGUAGAGCUCCACCUUCAUCUUACCUCCUGUGUCUUCCCUGACUGUUGAAAUGUCUCCCUGCUUCCAGGACCAUUUCUAGCCUCUUGUUUUUACCAGAACAUUAUUCAUAAUCACUUUUUAAUACUUCUGUUGAGAUGCUGCAGCCUGCACAGGACGUGCCUUAUUUCCCCUAGAUGCUCGCAUCUACAACCUCCUAAAUUAAAGCUGUAAUUUUAUAUUUUGCCAAUCUUGUUUUUAAUGGCAGUCAAUAACACUACUUUAUCAUUUUAUUUUGGUUUUAAUUUCUACUUUUCGAUGUGCAAAUAUAUUUUCAUUUUUUAACUUUGCAUAUAUUUUAGAACUUUUUUGGACAUAGCGGGAUAGUUUUAUUUGCAAAUUCAUUUUUUUUUAUUUUAUUGUUUGGCAGCUUAAGAGAUGUACAUUUUUUACACAAUUACAUUGUAUAGUAGGUUGCAAAAAGAUUUUGACUGAAAAUAGGAAAUCAAAAGCGGUACAUGUAUUCAUUGUAAAGUAUAAAAGAAGUGUUUUUUUUAAAUCUAAUGUAUCAUUAUAAUGUGCCACUAAAGUUGUGCCUUAGAGUGGUGGUGGGUUUUCUACACCAAAUGUUUUGCCCUUUUCUAUUCUCUUUUGAUACCUACAACACUGAGGGCUUUAUUUUUUAAGUUAGUACGCAGAACAGUCACAGGCAUUAGCCUACUGAAAUCAUCUUGACUUUACCUGAUUAAAGACUUGUAUACAUGCGUGCCAACGAUGGUGUUCAGCAUAUGUUCUUGUAGCAGGCCAUGCUCUUUUUAUUGCAAGAAAAUUUAAUAAU